CUUUCAACAUAACUUCAAAUUCCCAUGGGUCAGUCACAACAACCUCUCCAGUUGCUAUUUCGCAGUGCAGCCCAAAAAUAUCAACCCACAGCCUGACCCUGUCCACUGGUGCCGCCAACUCCGGCAUUGACCUAACGCCUUCUCACAUUGCAGGUCUUUCUCCUGCUCCGGUGCCCCUAUCAGUUUCAAACACUCACACACAGCCAUUCAUUCCCAGCCAGAGGGAGACAAACACUAAUAUAAAGAAUGACUUUCAGAGACAGACAUUAACUAGAGCUAACGUAGCCUGCAUUGGCAACAGUGCUCUUCGGCAGAUGUCUUCUGAGAUAACAGCUUCUAAAAUAUCUCUUGUCGACGCAGUGAAAGAGCCAAAGACUGAAGCCAUGCCAGCUAAAAUCUAUACAUCAAAGGCCACAUUUUAUGAGAUAUCCAAACCUCACUCUGUCCAGGAUCUCACAGUGAUGAACCUAGCCCACCAAGGAGCCUCUUUAUCUGGAGGAUUCAGUCAGAAAGCCUCUGUGCCAUCAGUAAAUGCUGAUCAGGAACUGUCUUCACCUUGGAUACAGAGUGUGAGACCUUUGCCUUUGGCUCACACACCAGCUCAAAUAUCAACUCCUAUUUUUGAAACGUCAAAACCCAACCCACUUACAUCGACUAUGAACCCUACUUUCAACCCCUUCCAGGAUUUACAAGCAUCAGUUAUUAAGAAAGAGGCACUAAGAGACAAUCCAGCAAUUCCAGGUUGGUCUUUGGGUAAACCUUCAGCUGUGACUGAAGCACAAAACCAAAAACUGAUGACUAUAAUCAAACUUUCAUCAAACAACAAAACAUGUAUAGGGAAAUAGACAUUCCCAGUACACGGAAGAGUACAAUGAAUCUAAGUAUGGUCACUUGUGAGUCACACCCCAGAGAGAAUAUGAGUAUGCAUGAAUUUCCUGUGGUUAGACCUACAAUAACACAGUUUGUCAACCCCAACACAGACCAGGUUGAGGAAAGCAAAGUUUCAUUGCUGCCAAAGGUUCCAUCAUUUCUUUCUGUACCAACAAAUCUCAGCUCUACACCUUUGAUUUCAGUGCAAGGGUCACAAAGUCCAAGCCCAGUGUUCUCCAACUAUCGUCCUCCUGUAGUGGAGGCACGCAAGUUUGACCUCACUUUUGGAGACACAAAUGUCAUUAGCAAGCUCGAAGCCCAAAUCCCGUUCUACAUAUUACGGACUAACUCCAGUUGAAUAUGCUGCCUAUGGUGGAAUAAGGACAGGUCUUUCGCAUGGCAGUGCUGCGCAUCCUGCCACUGAUGAAAACCCUGACAUCACCCUACAGACAAAACUCUAGAGGACUCAGAUGUCUCAAAGCAAGAAAAACAUUUCAAUGGACUUGAGGACGUAACCUCCGGGGACACAAAGAACUGUCAUCCCACUCAGAAGUUCCAGAGGAAGGGAUUUUCACACACUGCAAUGACGAUAUCACAGAGGAAAGUUGGACUGGAACUCAGGAUGUUGGGAUAGAGUCAGUAAAAACAUCUGCAGCGGAAACAAUAGAACCCAACGUUCCCUUUGGAUUGGCACAGAAAACAAUACUGCAAUCCACAAGUGAUGCAUCCACAACUAAAGCCUCAUACUCAGAGGCUUCAAUGCCAAUACCUAAACCAGGCCUCAGUCUCAGUAAAAGCUCCAUCUCCAAACAGAGGAACAUCACCGUCAUCUCAGCUAAAAACUGGACUCAAAGGCAAGGACAUUCUGAAGGCUAUAAGUACAGCCAAGGAAACGCCAGCAGUCGAACCCUUCAUGAAGUCAACGACAUCAACUGCAUCUUCAGCUACUGAGAAAAAGUCGGAAGCAGAGGGAACAUCAAGUUCAUCCACUGAGCAAAAGCCAACCCAGAAGCUAAAAGGCCUUAAGGGGAAGCUCAGUGGGUGGACAAGGCUAAAAAAGCACAUGGUUGUCGAGCCAGAGGAACCCAAAUUUCCUGAUCCCAUGGACAAACCUCUGGUCACUCCUAUUGGCAGCGACGGAAUAACCGAUAACAUGAUGGACAUGCCGCCUGCUGACCUGGAUAUGAACCAGGAAGUUAUUCAGGACAAAGAAGGACCCAAAGCACUAAAGAUGUGGGAUGCACUCCUCUUCCAAAUGUUUUCUACCAAAGAAAAAAUCAUGCACCAAAUCAAUUCCAACAAGAAAGAUUCAGAAACAAAAAAGGCCUCCAAAGACGACCAGGCAGCGAUGCCAUCGUUUGUCAACCGGCUGCCAAUUUUACUGUACAGCCCUCGGUUUAAUGCCAGGAAGCUGAAGGAAGCAGCAGAAAAGCCACUGAUAAAAUAGCAGCAGCUUUUGAAAUAGGGCUGAUAAAACGCAAAUCUCAGGAAGAAGAACGUAAGGAUUUCAACAGAACGGCGAAAGGAUUCGGUCCGACUAAAAACACUGAUGUAACUGAUGAGGCUAAUGGAUGAUGUGAUCCAUCAUUUGGGUGAUUUAUCCCAAAAUAACAAUUCAGAAUGGGUAAGCCAUUCUGAAGGAAUAUUUCAGAAAUGUGAGCUAAAAUAGUUGGAUAUCUGAUUGUACUAAAUCAAAACUGUUGUAUGUAGUAAGUGCAUUUAUACACUUUUCAAAUACUUGUUUCAAAUCUGGUUUUUAAAGUUUAUUUUGAAGAAUGCCAACAAGACAGAAAAAAAAUGUUACAUUUACUGCAAGAGGUUCAAUUACAUACACAACACUGUUGCACUUUUAUGACAAAUUCAAUAAGGAUGAAAUUUGGGUGAGAAUAAAACAUAAGACAAAACAUUUAUUCUGUAGUUUUUAUAGGUAGAUUCUGUUUUCUGUUAAUGGUGCCAUAGAUAUUAUUUGGGAUGCAUGAAUUGUAGACAAAUUGUCAUGCUCCAUUUUUCUAUUUUUCUAAAGUAAUUAAGUUUUAAGUGUGUUGUAGACAGGCAGGUUUUAUUUGACGUGAUAAAAAGGGCUUUUACAUUCCUGGAUUAACAGGACAGAACGUUUGCUAACGAAGAAAACGAAUAAAGUUGAAAUGAGUGGUUACAGUAACUGUAGGUUUCUGAAAGGAAAAGGGGAGGAAAUGGGCCAGAACAGGUACCAGGUACUCGGUUCGUAUUAGCCUUGCAAGAUGUCAUAGAACUCGAAACGUUCUAAACUUUAAAAACUGGCA